AUGUCUGCGUCGAGAGAAGAAGUGCUGUCACCAGAAGAACUUAGAAAGAGACUUUAUCAAACAUUUAAAAGCAAAGGACUGCUUGAUACACUUAAAACACAACUGAGGAAUCAGCUGAUCCAGGAAUUAAAGCACCCUCCAUUGGCACAGGGCAAGGCACCAGCAUCAGUACAUUAUGAUUCUGCUUUGGUCGCUGCCUGCAACAGCAUAGUGGCGGAUUACCUUCAAAGUUUAGGAUACGAGUACAGUUUAUCUGUGUUUAAACCAGAAUGUGGUCUGAGCAAUGACAAGAUGCUAACAAAACAAGAUCAUCUCCAGCUUGUGAAAAUUGCUCCAGAGUCAUCUUUGUACAGAACACUGAUGGCUAAAGACAAUUCUGAUAAAAGUUUCCUGAUGAGUCUCCUUUUGCACUUUAGCCAAUGUCCGAUAGAUGAACAAGGCCAUGAUGUGGUCACUCAGACAAACAUCAUGUCAAGCUAUGGAGAAUCACUAGUUGAAAAGAUGAACAUGAUCGAUAAGCAAUAUGAUGGUCAUAGUUGCAGAGGGGAUCGAUUUUUCACUUUACAAUCUAAGUUGGAAUCUUGUAAAAAAGAAAUCGAAGAGCGAUUACAAACUGAAAUGAAAAUAAAGUUGCAGCACUUCAAAGAUGUUGAACUGGCUAAAGUGCAGAUGGAAGAAAAAGCCAAAUUUAACAAGGAGUUUUUAAAGGUCAAACAGGCAUUGGAGGAAACAUUUGAAAUGAAAACAAAAGCUCUGAUGGAACGUGACAAAAACAACAUGGCCCGGCUACAAAAACAACAAGAGAUUGAAGAAAAAAAUCUAUACAUGCAACGACAGGAAGUACUCAAGGAAAUCGAAACUGUGCGUAACAGGGAAAGUGAGUUCAGAAUAAAAGUUGAGGCUUUUGAAAAAAGUUGUCAGAUUCAUGAAGAAAAGGUGAAGACAACAGUAGAGUUGCUGAGGAGAAGGGAAGUGGCUGUGAAGACCUUAGAGGACACACAUGACCUGAGGCUCAGAAAUGAACUUGAGAGGUAUGAACUUGAACUUAAGGAAGAUUUCAUUAAUAGAACCAAAGAAUUGACUGAAAAUGAGACACGAAAUAAAUUGGAAACAGAUCGUCUUUUAAAGGAGUCAGCUGAGCUGGAAGCCAAAUUGGGAGAGCACAUUGGACUAUAUUCCGAGAUAAAACAGCUAAAGAUCGAGUUAAAUAUGGCACAGCAACAGCAGUCUAUUCUGACGGAACAAAGGGAGUUACUUAAGGAGAAGCUUGAAACUAUGAGUGACUACACAAGCCUUAAGUCAGAGCGAGUGGAGCUUCAGGUCGAGCUACAACUUCAGAGCAAACGGCUGGAGGAGGCGCUGGAGCAGAAUGGCCUUCUCCGUGCGGAUUUGCAGCUGCUCCAGAGCGCUCAAAGACAGGCUGAGGAAGACUCAAACAAACAGAAACAGGUGUUGCAGGCUCAACUCCAGCGUGAGGUGGAGCACGGUGCUCAGCUCAGGGCACAGCUGAUGGAGUCUGAGGAGAGGUCCAAGUGGAUGAACAACCAUGUGGACAACAUCCAGAUACAACUGCGACAAACCCAGCAAGCUCUUGAAAAUGAAGUACUGCGUAACCCCAAGCCUUCUCUUGUUGAUCGCUCCAUUCUGGAGAGCUGCACUGAUAACCUGGUUCCUCCUGACAUCUAUGUGGACAGAACCGUACUGAAGGCUGGGCCGUCUUAUGAUUUGUCCAAAGCAGAUGGAUCUUUGCACAAACACUCGUGGGCUGACACCUUGGACUCUGACAUGGACAUUAUUGCUGAUGCCAAAGCUCGAAUGCAGGAGUUACAGAGAGAAGCAGAGACUAUUGAAGAAGCUUAUAGAAACUACCAGCAGAGGGCAGUGGUGUCCAACAUCUCCAACAGGCUUUCGCCACAGUAUUCCAGUCAUCGCCCUGACUCCCCUCUGAGGAGACACAGGCUGCUCUCUCCUAAAGCCAGCAGGACCCCCCCUCUAAUUUCACGUGACACCAGAAACCUUUCUGAAAGUCAACCUAAAGUAACGGUUUUUGGAAGCCAUGUCGAGACACCGUCUUUGGGGAUUACAGCUGCUCAUGGGGUACAUCCUCUAACUGAGCUCAUAUUUGAAAGAAACCAAUGCUUUGAGGAUGAGAGCCCCACACCGGCCAGACUUACAUCCCCUCAAGAAUUGCCCUCAAGAAAUGCAAGUUGGAAAGUAACAGAGGCAAGAUCACUGACAGCAGAAGCAGAGAUCAUGCAGCGCUCUUGCCAUAAAGCUGUUCCUUCUGAUGACUCUGUCUCUGAACUCAGCCCCCCUCAGCUCAGGAGCACAGCACGAGGCACAAUCAGCCCACCACAGCUAAAGCCUGCCUUCUCCAGCGCAGAGUCCUCUCCUCAGCCUGAGAAGAUCAGUUUGGAAGAUCUCACUGAGCUGCUGCCAGAGCAGAGCCACAUUCCAGAGCUUCUCCCGGACACUGGCGUCCCAGAAGGCCCCACUGUCCCUCGCCUACAGAGUCCACCACGUCUUCAGCAAGAGCCUGCAUGUGCCCAGGAUUUGCCAUCGUCUCGCAAAUCAUCAGUAGCCGAUCUGGAGAAACAGCACCAGCAGCAGCAGCAGCAGGAGGAUGAGGAGAAAUGGGAAAAGGAAAGAAAAGAAAGGCAAGAACGAAGACUGAGAGAGCAAGAAGAGGCCCGAGAGAGGGAGCUGCACGAGCUGGAUCGACUGGAGAAAGAAUAUUUGUUGGAAGGAGAAGACCAAGCAACGCAGGAGGAGGAGGCAGAAAAUGACCAGAGACAAGAGGAGGAAGCAAAGGAUGAUGGGAAAAAGUCGAAAGAUGAAGAGAAUCCUUUAGAGAAAUACAUGAAGAUCGUGCUGGAAGCCAGACAAAAGCAGCCGCAGGCGACUUUGGAACAAGAAGCCAAGCCCUUUAGCUUCGAAGACAAAAGUGUAUCAGAGGAGAAAGAUGAAAGCAUUGCAGGAUUCUCUCACAAGGAUGAAGACGAUGAUUUCUGGUAG